AUGGAUAAGACAAAUAUUGUAGCAAUUUUGUGCUGUUGCGGUUGUUUCCAAACGGAAAUGAAGACGAAAAGUGAGUUUGCGUUUAACACAUUUGAAAGGGAAUUUAGUAGGAGUGCUCUGGGUACUGAGCUAUGCAAUCUACUUUCUUCUUUUGGUUACGUGAAGACUAUUCUAGAUGCCACAAGAAAACGAAACUACAUUGAUGGUGCUUCAGGAGGUGGAUGCAUACCACUAGUGACACCUUCAACUCUUUUGUUAUCGAGUCGAGGUCGGGUAAAAUUGUAUCAAAAUCCAAUCUUAUUAAGAUGCGGCCCACCAGCACAUCUAUCAAGUUACUUAGCACCAGAAUAUCGACCAACCAAGCUAUGUUCGGAUACAGAAACGGAAAAGAUGUGGAUUUAUGGACUGGGGGAAACUUUGAAAAGGGCCGCAUUGACAAGCCAUGCCGCUACUUCACGUUUAAGUGGAGAGCUUUGCCAAGUUUUAACAAAUAUGACCAGACCUCAUGCCUCGGUCAGAGCCUCACUUAUGAAUCUUCUCGAUGUUAUUUCUGAAUACUGUAAAAAACGGCAACAAAAUCGACCAUUUUCACAUAUCGUUAUGGAUUUACAUCAGGAAGCAAUGGCCGAUUUGGAAAUGGCACUUGAAUCCUCAUGGGGUCUUCCUAUAAUGCCAGAGAUUCGAUCCAGAAAAAGAACCAUCACGGAGACGUCGACGACCACAUUUAAUUUGCCUAAGCCUUGGUCGGCGAUAGGUAGACCAAAUAACACCAAACCGAAACUAACGAAAGAAGCAAGCACUAGUAUGGAAUACCUUUCGACAGAUACCAAAAACUGGUUAACGCCCGGUACGCGGAUUCGUCCAAAAUCGAUGUGUGUACCUUUGGGAAUUAAUCAUAAUUCAAAUUACGGCAUUGAGAAUCCGUACUUAAAACUUCUGGACGAGGAGAGAUUAAAUUACGUGUUUCCCCCAUACGAAGAUGUUCACAAUAAAGCUCCAAGCUACUACUUUGAACAUAGCAGUGCAAAACCAGCGUUGACUAGAAGAAAUUGUUCUAACCAGAAGCAGAGUAAAGUUAGACGAAAUCCUGUACAACGCGCCGCGUCAAGACUAUACCACGCAAGUGAUGUUCCUAAAGAUCCAGUAACGGGUGCACGAGACUGUGUUGGGCCAGAAUUUGUAGUUAGGGCAACAUUACCGAGCAAAAAACACGUAUUGCCCGACUGUAAGGGAAACGUUCGAAAGAAUGUAACUGUCAUUUUACUAAACGGUCAAAAGCUUGAUAUCAGUUGUAAUCCCAACACUACCACAGCCGGCCAGUUAUUUGAGUUAAUUAUACAGAAGGAACAUAUCGAAGAGAAUUUUAUGUUGGGACUCUCCGCGCUGAUCGCCGGAGAUUUUGUUUUUCUACCCUCUGAUGCACGAAUUUGCAAAGCAAUGGGUCUGGGUAAUGCACAGAUAGCGUUAACUCUGUUUGUCAGGGUGCGUUUCUUUCUGCCAAGCUUGAGAGCAAUUCGAAGUCAUCAAGCGCGACAUAUGCUGUACUUGCAGCUUAGGCGUUGUAUUCUCGAAUACCAGUUACCUUGCACUUACGCGCAGCUGAUGGAUUUUGGAGGUUUAGCGCUACAAGCCGAAUUUGGAGAUUACACAAAAAAAGAACAUGGUGCCAAAGAUUACUUUCUUCUGGAACAUUACGUGCCUGAAACAGUCUCUUGUAAUUCGGAUGAGUACAAAUGUUUGAAAGAGGACCUUACACUUGCUCAUAUGACUAGAAGAGGUUUAAGUACAGAUAGAGCCGAAGAAAACUUUAUGAUUCUUGCGCAGACGUUUCCGCAUUAUGGGGGCCACUUUUAUACUGCUGUUUGGGUACUCAAAGAUAAUAGACAGAAGGAUGUUUGGCUCUACAUAAGCGCGCAAGGUAUCAAUUUGUAUGAGAGAAACAGCACCAGCCAUCAGUGGAACCUUGUCCUUUUGGAAAUGUUUGAGUGGAGAAUGAUCCAAACACUGUGCUACAGUAAGCACUAUCUUUGCGUUCUACCUCACACUACUAAAGCCCACAAUCUGAAGCUAAAAAAAUACAAACUUAAAAUGGACCACAAAAAGAGUUACUUCACGUUUCGGCUUGCUUCAUUACAUCAUCAGUUUUUUCUCCGACUUCGAACACAAUACGCGUCUCUACAAACGUUAUCGGAACAGUUUGGAGUACAAUUAAAGGACAUGAAAAACGAAACAAACUCCCUUUGUAAAUUAGAAGCGCUCACGAACCCAUUUUACGUACUAGAUUCAGCAGCGGUGAAUGCCGAAACCGAGUUCAAAAUAGAAUUUUGCGCGUCUCCACGUGCCAGCUUGAAACGCAAUUCCGACUUGCGCUUUAAACGAUCGAAGAGUAUCGGCGACUUUGGAGGCGCCCAUGACGACUGUCUCAUGAUCGAGGAGUAUCAAAAUAAAGAAAAUGAAAAUCCCGAUCACGGUAGAGGUGAGAAUAACAGAAGUUGCGGCGGAUUGAUUUUGGACAGCAGCUGCUUGUCCGGUUUGCCGAACUCGAGCGUGUGGGACAAGCGGCGGGGUGUCAAAAUGGGGGUGAGCGCUUUUCAAAGUAACGGACAGAGAGUGUCAAGAUCAAUGGAAGCUGUAAAUGCGUUGCUUAACGAAGAACUGGAACAACUAUCGCUGCAGUCUACUUCGUUGCAUUGUAGCUCCACUUCAGUGUCAAGAUCUCCAGUUGUUGAGUACAGAGAAGUGCAGGAUGCGUAUAUUUUAGAUUCAUCAAUCAAAUCAACAGGAAAUCAAUUCUUACCCGAUUUUCAAGAAUCUUUAAGCGCCUCGCUCCUAGAAAAAUUGAACAACAUUUCCUUUGCCGAAGAGUGCACCUUAUACUCUGUAACCAUCGAUAGAGACGAAAAAGGAAGUUUGGGUCUACAAAUUAUGGAGGGUUCCGAUGGUAAAGUGUAUAUACAGUCCGUAUUGACGGGGGGACCAGCGCACUUGCAGGGUAACAUCCGCGUCGGUGAUCAGAUAGUUGCGGUGAAUGGACGCAAUCUCUUAAGUGUAAAGUACAGUGACGCGCUCGAGUUGUUGAAAGUGAGUGGGAAAAAGGUAGAAUUUGUGCUGUCGCAUAUCUCGGUGAAUAAGAACAAUAUUUACAACCAAGCAACGUUGCCGAUGUCAGAUUUGAAAAGCAAAAAUGACACGGGCUUAUCCAGUAAAAAGUUUAGUAGCAGGUUGAAACGAAUGUCGUACCCAAAUAAUAUUACGGGCUAUUUACAAUUGGGCGAAUCGUUAAAUUUGCGAUGUAGCCCCAUUGAAAAGCAUGUGACCGAAAGCUGUCAUGAUAUUACAAAUCCAAACAAGUCCAAAGCCGAUGUGCCAUAUCAUAAACAUAUUCGGUACGGUUUAGAACCGAAUUUUCACCACAAUGACAGUCCCUUACCAAAUCUAAACAGAAAUGUUUCGAAAUCGUGCACGCACAUUGGCGAAAAUAACCCCGCUAAUAAUAAGGCAGUUAUUGUUGAUAUGAUACCCAAAGUCAAAUCGUAUAAGUGCUUACGGAAUGAAAUUGAGUUAGAGAAUGGUGAUGUUUCUCAUAUUCCGUUACCGCGCAGCUUAGGAUUGAGUAGAAAGUGGAGAGGUCCUGUUCAGUACCCGGUUACUCCAGUCAAAAAAGCAGAAAGUUCACAGGACGACAGUUCGACAUACGUAACAACUUCGGACGAAGAGCAAAUUUUUAUAUGAGUGGCUAGUCACUACUUCUUUAGGUUUUAAGUUGCUAAAAACUGACAUGCGCACUGGAUUGCAGCAAAGUCUUCCUUAACAAGGGAAUAGUUAGUGUAAUAUACUCAAUAAUCACUCAAAUUAGGGAGUCGCCUGUGAUUCGAAUUGUGUAAAGCUUAUCGUGCAAAUUUAGUGCACAAAGGAGUAAACAACAGCAACAACAUAGACCUACAUGCAAUGUUUUGAUUAUGUUUACUAUACUUUAGUGAAAUUACAUCCCCUUCAAUUAAUGGUAGCUAUUUUUAUUUUUUUAACGUAGAAGAUUGGAUGGAUCAGUUGUCUUAGUGGAAAUCGGCAUUGUUUUAAAGUUUAAACAAUGGAAUCAGUUGUUCUGUACAUUUUGGGCUAUAAUCCGUUAUUCCUCAACAAAACUCCAAUUACAAGAGUUAACACUUUUUUUAUUAUACCUGAAUCACAAUCUCCGUUUUAAACACUCAAAUGCGUGCGAAAA